AUGGCCGCGCUCGUCGGCGACGUCGCCUACUGGCUGGCGGAGCACCCGGACAUCGUCGGCUUCCGCUGGAGCCCCUCCGGCCUCUGGUUCUCCACCUGGGCCUUCCUCCUCGGCUUCCUCGCCACCUACGUGUCCCUCUGCCUCGCCGCCGAUGCGCUCCUCUGCCGUCGGAAGCCGCUCCCUCUCGGGCCCCUCCCCCCCGCGCACGCGCUCCUCAUGGCCGCCGUCUCGGCCACCAUCUUCGCCGGCACGCUGCUGUCGGCGGUGGCGGAGAUUCGGGACACGCGCUGGUCGUGGCGGGGCCGGAGCCGGACCACGCCGCUCCGGUGGCUCUUCUGCUUCCCGCCGGGGGUGGAGAUGGAUGCGGGCGCGGACAUCGUGGGGGGGGGGGGGUUUCUGCAAAAAAAUGCCACGUCAGCAGCUGACAGGCGGGCCCUGCCGGUCAGAUACACUGUCAAUACGCGUUUAUACGCGAUUUAG